AUGAAUUCUGGAGAUUACAACUCCAUAAAUCUUGAUGAAGUUGAAUUCGUCAUCGACGAAACACAAAGUGAUCCAUUCCAGGAUCAUAGUUCAUAUGUAGAGUUUGAAGACAUUUCAACCGAUUUCGGUAAUCCGGAAGGAGGUUUUGCUAGUAGAGAGGACAUGGAUGCUCAUGUAAGAUAUGUUGCUGGCUUGAGGAACGUUACUUUGGCAAUUCGUGAUUCGAAGGGAAAAGACGGCCGACGGCCCAAAGUUCGAUAUUUAUGUAGCCAAGGUGGCGGAUACAGACCAAAAAAGGUUACUGGAACUAGGUCCACUAAAACGACAAAAAAUAAUUGUCCAUUUUGGUUGGACGGAAUGGAGUACCCUGGAGGGCGCUGGUACUUUGAAGUCCGGGAGGGGAGACACAACCAUCCAUUCCCGUCUCAUGCUGUGGGAUCUCGUUUAGGUAAAAUAUCCCCUAUUCAACUUGAAGUUAUUAGGGAGCAAGAGAAUUUUAAUUUAAGCCCGAGUAAUAUGUUGGCGUCCAUGAAAAGGGCUGAUCCGGAGAACAAAUCGUGUCAGAAACAAGUUUACAAUGCUGUCAGUAAGGUGCGUGCCCAGAAAAGAGAAGGUCGGACCCCGAUGAAUAAUUUCAUCCAUUUACUCAGGCAAUUGAACUACAUGUACGACGUUCGGACUGCUGAUGAAUCUUCCGAACUUGGAGAUAUUGUUUUCUGCCACCCGGCUUCUUUUGUGAUGGUGAAUGCAUAUCCGGAAGUCAUGAUGAUUGAUUGUACGUACAACACCAAUGAGUAUGACAUGCCUCUACUAGAAGUGGUCGGUGCAACAAGUACGGACAAAAUGUUCACUAUCGCCUACGCAUUCAUGCGAAAUGAGAGACAAGAAAACUACAGGUUUGUGUUACAGUUUAUCCGUACUUUGUUCGUUAGUCAAGUGACACCUAAUGUCAUUGUAACCUACCGAGAUUACGCCUUGAUGCAUGCUGUCGAGUAUGUUUUCGCGGAAUCCAGACAUCAUUUGUGUCGCCGUCACAUUGAGCAAUGCGUGCUACAACGAGCACUGCAGCAACCUGGUUUUUUAAAAGAGGCGGCAGAAGGAUUUAAAUUUCGUUGGAAUUGGGCGAUAAGUGCACCGACCAUAGAUGACUUUAAUGAUAGAUGGGGACGUCUGGCAGCACAUUACUCGAGUUGGGGAGCAUUGCUGAACUACUGCAUUGACACAUGGAUUAGUCCGCAUUCCCAAAAAAUCCUGUCAGCUUACAUCGACCAUUAUUUUCACUUCGGAAGCUACACAACAAAUAGGGUCAAAGGAGAACAUCAUCGCGUCAAACGACAUUUAGAUGGUGGUCGGUACCCAUUCGAUACCGUACUGGAGAAACUUCACAAGGUGAUGGAAGGCCAAAUCUGUGAGAUUAAGAAAGUAGCGAGAGUUAAUGCUACUAAAUCCAACACAGACACCCUUGGAGAUACGUUGUUUGUUAAUCUGAACAGAUCAAUCACGUUUAAAGCAUUCGGCCUCAUAAGGAAAGAAAUGCAA